AUGGAUUUAGUGUCCAAAUAUGAGGGGGUUGUUGGUAGCGAAAAAUCAGCUUCAGACUUGUGGAGAAGGAUCAGAUAUGUUUUGAGAACAGUUGCUCUAGAAAAUAAUGUUCUGCAUUUUGGCUUAGUUGGAUUUGAGGCUUUAGAAUUUUAUGCAUCUUUUGUCUUGGUUGUAUCAAAUCCAGCCACAGCAGAGUAUGUAAGGGGACUGGCAGCGAAAAGCUUUCUUUUUUCAUCUGCGAAACUCCACCCAUACUGUAAAGCAUUGACAAGAUGUGCUGCAGCUGGUAUGGCAGAGGUUGAAGAUAUUGAUGAGAAUGAGGGGACCAAUCAGAAGCAUGAGGAUCAUCCAAUGCUUGCAUCGGAGAGUGGGGAAAGUGACGGGGAGUAUAUCAACUGGCUAAAAUCAUUUGUGGAGAUGCAGUGUUCUGAGAUACAGAAACUUAUGCGUAGGUAUGCAAGUCUAGCUGAUCUGAAGAGCUUGUCUGAUGCAUACACCAGUCUUGAACAGGCAAACUUCCAUGAAGAAAAGGAAGUUAAAGCUUUAAAGGGUGGAGAAGCCACAUCUAUUGCUGAUGUUGAGGCUAUGAAGGAAGAAACCCAAAAGGAGAGUGAGGCUGAAUUGAAUGAUUUGCUCAUCUGCCUUGAACAAGAGCACCUGUGCCCAGUAUGGUUAAUUUGUUGGUUCUUUGUACAUUUCUUAGUUUAA